CGCCCUCUCUCUUUCGAUCCUCCAAUCUUUCACUGUUUAUACUGCGCCUCGUAUUGCCUUAUAUGCCCAUACCCUGACCGUACUAUAUAGGAGCGGCCGAGCCUGCCAGCAGUGUGUAGUUUCGCCCACACGCCCCGUGUAGAGUGCUCGAGUGACGAGAUCCUGCCGAGCCAAGAUAACGUCAUAACGUGUACGUUGCCUCGGGGAAGGCUCGCGGGCAGAAGAGAAGGCUAAGCUCUCGACCUCUCUGCUAAGUCUAGUGAGCAGGAGGUGAUUCGACGGCUUCUGCAACAUCUGUCACUCCAGGUUGCUCGGAGACGGUGUGGUUGCCAUGGGAAACCUGUUACGAGUGCUAAACGACAGGGGCUCCGUCCCAAAAGUGGAUUUCUUUGUCGAUUUCGAGACUGCAGAGCCGACUCCAGAGGAGGGAGAAGUCCACAGGAAGGUUGCCACGGUCCUCGACAGAGCCCCCGACAUUCUUGCUGAUCUCCAUGGUUACAAGGGAGCAGGGGAGCACAUCAGAGAGGCCAUCAGUAACUCAAAGAGUGAGAAGCACCAGGACGUGGCGUGGAAGGCCGUUUGUCCGUCUGUCAUUCUUCUGAAGAAGUUCUACGAGUUUGCUCUGGAGCUGGAGACCGCUCUGUGUGACCUGCUGACCGUUCUGUGCAGCCCGGACAUGCCUGCCAUCCAGCAUCUGGAGAAACAACAGGCCAUCACGAAGCAGUUUGCAGAAAUCCUUCACUUUACUCUCUCUUUUGAUGACCUCAAGAUGACAAGUCCAGCCAUCCAGAACGACUUCUCCUACUACCGCAGAACACUCAACAGAAGAAGAAUGGAGGACACGAGUGCAGCGGUGGCAGAGUUGAGUGAUGGGGUGGACCUGCCGGACGACGUGGCCAACAGGAUGUCCCUGUUCUAUGCCAACCCAACUCCCAUGCUCAACACACUCAGUGGAGCCGCUGAGAAACUGCUACAGGAGAAUCCGUCUCUGACACUGGACAACAUGACCAACUGCUUCUCAGCCAUGGCGUCAGUCUGUCGGGUCAUCAGUGACAAUCCUCAAUACACGUCCAGGUUCCAGAGUGAAGAGACUCAGUUGUUUUGUCUGAGGGUCAUGGUGGGAGUCAUCAUACUCUAUGAUCACGUCCACCCUGUUGGGGCCUUUGCUGUCAAGGCCGCCAUUGAUAUGAAGUCGUCGAUAAAACUGAUAAAGGAACAUCCGAAGACAGCAGAAUCACUGCUCAAUGCACUAAGGUAUAGCACAAAACAUUUCAACGAAGACUCGACUCCGAAGGCCACGAAAGAGCUCCUGUCAUGAUGAGUCAAUUGUAGUUGCCGUGGUAACACUUGUGUAGCUCGCUCACAAACUCUCCACUCACACCACAUUCUUUCACUUCAUGCACAAUUGUAUUAGAACUGUAAUGACUGAUGUAAUUUAAUGACCGCUGCCGGGAGUGCUGCAGUGGCAAUAUUAUGACAUCAUCACGACGUAAUGUAAAUGUGAAACCAUAU